AUGGCUUUAAUGAUAAGCUUCCACACUCCACUCUGGCUUUCUCACCCCCUCACCACCUUCACCCUUGUGCCGGGAAUGUGGAUCAGAGGCUGCCCUAUUGUUCGCCGUCCUCCUUUCCUAGAUCUUAUUAGAGUCCCCAUCUUAACCCGUAGGAUCGGUCUGCUAUCUAGGUUCAAGUAUUUCCGUCGCGCCCGCCACCCCAUCUGUGCUACUUCAGACGUUAUUACCCCUCUACUGCGUCUGGGCGACUAA